UGAAUUAAAGGUCCAGUGUGUAACUUUUAGGAGGAUCUAUUGGGAGAAAUUGAAUAUAAUGUUCAUAGGUUUGUUUUCAUUAGUAUAUAAUCACCUGAAAAUAAGAAUCGUUGUGUUUUUGUUACCUUAGAAUGAACUUAUUUUAUCUUCAGAGGAACAGGUCACCCUCCAUUGAGUGCGCCAUGCUUCUACUGUAGCCCAGAACAGACAAACCAAACACCUGCUGUAGCUAGGACAUUUUAGCGAGUUUCCGAAAAUACAGACAUGAGCAGUUUUCAGUUAUACUACACACUGGGCCUUUAAUGUGUAGUACUUUGUUAAAACCACAAUAGAUAUAUUUUAACUAUCUGAACUCAAGUGGUAAGACAUAAAUGUAUGUAGAGACUAAUUAGCUCUUUGCUCUCGCAGCGUUGCUCUUGGAAGGCGCGUUGUCUGUCGUACACAUCACGGAUGAUGGAAUGAGCAUCUUGGAGCCGCUGCAGAUUACGAAUACUCAUGUGGCUGCGGAGGUCCUUCACCUCUCUGGAUAUGGCCUGAUCUGGGAUAUUGUUAAAAGGUUUCUGAACACCACACUGCCAAUAAAUGGCCAAGUGCUGCUGUUCCUCCGACCUCCAGAUUUAAGACAUUGUGUACUCGAUGUGCUUCUGCUGCCGGGAAACAUCCUUCGGUGUGAGGUUGUUGCCCAACAAGAAGAUGCUAAGUACAUCAAGAUCUCCUCGAACUGCCUUCUCAACGUUGGUCACAGUUACAGUGUCCACUGUGAACCAGAAGGCUUUUUAAUACAGCCUGAGUCUUACCAGUUUCAAUCAAAGAUCGACAAAAAUUAUCAUACAACAUUUGAGGUUUUCCUGACUACGAAUACAGAGAGAGUGAUGUUGAUGGUCCAGGACCAAGAGGGGAGACAAGUCUGGAAACGUACUGUGCAUCUGACAGGUUAUUUUCCAGAUUCAAGAAGGGGAAGUCUUCCAGAAAAAGUCGAGGAGAACGUCCAAGUAGAAGACAGCGUCCCAGCACAGGAGAGGCUGCUCUCAGUUCGGACGGAGUUUAUAAACAGGGUGUCUGACCCUGCUCUGAACCAGCUUCUGGAUAAACUCCUUCAUCGUGGCAUUAUAAAUGACGAGGAAAUGCAAUCAGCCAGAAUAAAAGUCCAAGCAGAAAAAGCUCGAGACAUAAUCGACACGGUGCGAAAAAAGGGAACCAGAGCCAGUUCAGUCCUGAUCGCCGCUCUCUGUGAGGUGGAUCCAUGCAUUUCCACCGAGCUGAACCUAAGCUGAAACAAAACCAGCAAACAGUCACAUGACUUAUUGUAAUCUUUAAACAAGAAGUUUUGUUGUUAAAGCCUAUGUUUUUAAGAACUGGACUCUCACUCUGAAAGGGAAAAAACAACAAUGGUUUGCCAAAAUUAGAAAAGGUUUUCUUUGCAUUUUAUAAAAGUUCCACAUUCAUAUGAACACAUUCUGAAAACAUUCCUUGUGCACACGGAUCCGCAACAACAGCGUUGCAGUAUCCCUGCCAGACCUGUGGGUGGCGGUGUAACUUUGUCCAAAACGGUCUUUAGUUGGCCUCCAUUGACGCAGAGGUGGAUUGAUUAUUGGAUGUAAUUAUCUCUGCUGAUCACAGUAAUGGUGCUGGAGGAGCAUUAGGUCAGACAGCAGGUCUAGACUGGGACUGAGUGCAGCAUCUGAUGCUGACUGAGGACAGUUUGACUAAAGGGAAUAAAGUACUGAGGUGGUUUUAUUGCUGUUUUGGCUGGCAGUCAGCUAAUGUUAGCUGCUAACUAGCUAACAGCAUCUAGCAUUAAUGUUGGCGACAGUUAGCUUCUUUUAGCAACACAUCCAAUCUUCGCUCUGUGUCCCUAAAAGGUGAAGAUUGAUUGACAGGUGAAUUUCCUGAUAUUAUUGGUUGAAAUCAGUUCAUGCUGACGUAAAAAUUUGUCACAUUUUGUUUUACAGGAAGACACAAUGAUUGGAUUUAUGUGACAAACACAAAGAAAUUGAGUUUUUGUGUCAUACAUUGUUUAAUAGUGAAACAACAUAAUUGCAGACGCAAUCUUAGGGCUUAAAAAUUCCUUUUUCAUUUCAAUAAACUCAGCAGAGCCUGCAGCACAAACACGGGGCUAUUGAAGUGCAGCCCUGUCACCAUUUUCAUAGCAGAAGUGUUUUGGUGGUUUACAUGUCGAUGGUAAUAGUGGUGUUUCCAAAAGAUUGCACCCUGGAACCCAGUUUAAAACAUUUGUGUUUUCAGGCCCUAUAACAGUGUUGUGUGAACGGAAGGCAAAACCGCAACAAAACUUUACCGUUUUGUGAAAAUCUGUUGCAAACAGGUCUAAAACUGACAGAUGUUAUACAAUACAAACAUUGGAAUUAAAGAGAUUUUAAAUCCAACGAGAACCAAGCAGGUUAUAAUCUUAAGGUUUUUGAUAAAAGCUUCAACAGGAGUGAUUUUUCUCCAAAUACCACGAGAAUGAUGACCUUCGCGUUACACAGACUUUUGAGAGACCUUGACUUUUGAGAAGGUACGUUCUUUUGUUCAUGGCUGUGUAAAUAUUAAUUGUUAAGUGUUGAAUCUCAACAAAGUCAGAAAAAGGUCAUUGGAAUCAGGAAAAGACAGAAUUGAAACCGCUCUUUCCAAUGACUUGUAAUGCAUGCAACGGUGCCACCUCUGAAAUUUGCUGAAUACAGUUAAAAGUUCACACUCAGGAAGCUCUGUGGCUCAUCAUACGGGUCCUUACAGUCGCACACAGACCUCAGUCAGACCACUUUCUGUGUUUAAACUAUGUAAUAAAAUGGUGUUUCAACAAUGGCUGUCAUAUUUUCCUCAUACCUGUUUGAGUAUGUAGACAGCUGAAUAUUCCCUCCAGAUCGUGACACUGUGUACAUCAAUGCAGUGGUUCCCAACCUUUUUCCUUCAGGGACUCAUAUAAAUCAACUCAAUAACUGCAAGACAUUUGUGUAAAAUGAGAGAUUUGGAUGUGUUUUGAGCAGAUUAUUUCCUGUUUAGGGAACCUUUUGUACAAUUCAUGGUCUGUAUUAUGUUUUUUUUUUUUUUUUAUUGUUUAAUAGUCUGUGUUUUCUUCUCUCUGACACUUCUUCACAGAAGUGAACAAAAUUCUGAAAUGUAGGCCUACUGUGUAUAUUUUCUAAUGUUUUCUUACAUGCCUUAAAAAUCAAGGUGGGGGUGAACCACUGCAUUAAUGUGUUGCUGUAACAUGUAUAUUAUUAACAGUUUGCCUCGAUUUGUGAUGUGAUUUGGAUGAAUUUUGAGCAGAUUAUUUUGAUAUUUUUUGUAAUCUUUUAUACAAUUUGUCUUUAUAUGUAUAUUUUUUUAACAAUUAUACAGACUUCAUAGGCUUUUAAAAAAAUAAAUAAAAAAGUCUCCCUGA